GCGCAUGUGAAAGCAUCAACUCACGAAACAGAAAUGUCAAAUGUUAGGUCCUAUAUGAUGAAGGUAUUGGACAACCUUAAAAAAGGGGUGUCGUCAUGGAAAGGAGGCAGAAGAACUUUAGUUGACGAGGUCAAGAUAGAAGGGAAGGAGAUUGAUUCUCCUAUAAGAAAUGAGUCACAUAAAAGUGAAGGAGAAUGCAGAAGAGGAAAUUGAGGAAACUAUAAGAGGAAUGAUGGCAAAUGGGGAACUUCGAAGUGGACAACCACUGGUAACAUCUACCAUGACUUUCACCAUAGGUCUUCUUCAACACGAAGACGAAGAGGUACCACCUGUGCCGACAGUUUUACGCCCGAGUCAUCUGCCGCCGGUUAGGCCUGCCGAGAGGUCCCCGUGUGAGUAUGCCCUAAGACUGGAGCCGUGGACUCCUCAACCUGCAAUCGACGACGACCACUGGGCUGUCGCAAUCACGCAGCUCAGCAAUCAGCGGAGUAUAGCACCGCAUGUACGUACUCCGUCGUUGGGGUUGCCAAGAAAAUUCAGCAGCCAGGUUCGAACUUGGGUCUGUGUAUCUGAUAACGUAAAAUAGGUGGGGGCCUGCUCGGCGCACAGAGUUGCAGAGUAGCUAGCUUCUUCCCCUAUUGAACCGAAAGGAGAAAUCGGUGGUGGUCCCACAAGCAGCAGGCGCCAUGCAUUCUUUUCUUUUCCGCGCGAAUGCGCUGCUGACCUUUGCAACGACAAUCCUUGCGGUGCUCUGUGCGCUGGCAUCGGUGGCCGAAAAGUUUCACACAGCUCAUCCACAAGUAGAUAUAAAGUUGUCCAAGGUAGGGGGAUUCAGGAGGACUGAGGUCGGCAACGAUGAGGUGCGUUAUACCUGUGGACAUCUUUUUUUUUUGUUUUGUUUUUUUUUGUUAAAUACUAUUGGCUGGUGAUGCCCUGCUUCUGUUGGCUAGUCAUCGAAAAGGCCCCCAAAUUGGGACCAUUCCUCGUUUUUUUGUGUUUGGAACUUUUUCUAGUGAGAUCAGAUGUAAUAAAUACAACAUUGGCUC